UUGCCGUCUCUACUAAAUAGUCAACAAUUGUAAAUCAUUUCAACAAAUGUCGGCCACGUGAUUUCCGCAAUGGCUUCGCACGUGCCCCAACUAGUGGACCCUUCCACCCGCAAGAGCAAAAGGUCUUGGCAUCGCUUUUAAACACAAUAAAUAUAUUUGAUUCUUGGGCAAGUUGCCAAAUAUAUAUGUCCAUUUCUCGCACAACUCCUUCUUCACUCCAUCCCUCACGUCCUACUCCUGGCGCAAAUUUGUAAUUCAUUUAAUACGCGAGUGAGUAACUAAAUCGCUGCCAGCUAUUUGGUCCGCAGUUUUUAAUAGUCGCUCAUUGUAUGUAUUGUGCAAUCUCUACCUAUACAUACACUUGAAGAAAAUCAGUGGUUGAUGGUUCAUUUUGAACUAAACAAGAAAUUUUAUUCCCAUUUAAGACAGAACUUCGGAUUUGCCUAGUUUUGCAGGGAAAAUAUUGUUUGAUUUCAAACUGAAUAUACCAAAAAUUUCAAAGGAUAUUGCAAGAUUCUUGCAAAAAAGGAUAUAAUAUUCUUUUCCUAGUGUACCUGAAUUGCGGAGGCUCCUUUGCUCGAAUCUGACCGCUGUGGCUCCAUCUCAGAGAUUACCUAACUCAGACAUAGGGCCACGGACAUCGUUCGACUGAAUAGUUUUUCUAUGCACAAUUCGAUUAUUUACGUUUUUAUUCCAUUUUAAAUGAUAUUUCCCUUUCGCGGUGGAACCAAUUAUUUGUGCAAAGGAAGCCAUAGGGCAAGCAAUUUGCCACGAAAUGAACCAUAAGCAAUGGAUAGGGGGAGAAAAAGUGCUGCUCUUGUUGGUGCUGCAGUUGAAUGUGCCGGGGCAAACAAAAGAUCAAACUAAUAGCAUCCAAGAAGACUAUGCGGGGCAUAGGCAAACAAGCCAACACAGACGGCAGCUUGAGAAAAGAGGAAAGGGGGAAAGGUGGUUUAGCAUGCUGCAGUGGGCAAACAUUUAAACAGUUGCCGUUGCGCCACAAAUUGAAUUGAGUGAGGGCAUCUCGAGAGUAUAAAAAGAACCACAAUAACUCUUCGAAGACAUCACAAACAGCUUACUACAACUAGCAAGAACAAAACAUGUCACCCAAGUACGUCCUGGUAUUUGCCCUAGCGGCUCUUUGCUGCCUGAUCGCCUCCACAGAGGCAGCUGCACGUAGCCGUGUGGUUGGAUCUCGUCGCUCUUCGGAGCUGGUCGAGAAGAGCGAGGAUUCCGAUGUGGCCGCUCAAGAGCUCGAGCAGGAGCAGUCAGAAGUUAAAGAAGUUGAUGUAAAAGAAGUGGAAGCUCGCAGCGAAGAUGCUGUUGCCAACACCGAGAACACAGACAAAACAGAGAACAAGGACACCAUUGUGAGAGCAAACAAGGAAGAUGCCCGUGCUCGCCGUCGCAUUGUGCGUGCUGGUCGCCGAGGUCGCCGUGGCGGACGUCGCGGUGGUCGCCGUUCCCGCAGAUCCGGUCGUCGCAGCAACCGUAGGCGUGGCAGCCGUCGCGGACGCGGUGGUGCCCGUCGUCGCUCCGUGAAGAGGCGCAGCAGCAAACGCACCCAGGGUUAAGUGCCAUACUCGAUAUUCCAUCCCUACCUUCAAAAAAAAAACCCCUGAUCUAGAACUGAACCUUGUAAAUUAUUUAGUAAAUCAAUAAAUAUAUUUUCACAUUUUGACAAACCAAAAAACAAAUUUUCUUAAAUCACCCGAGUUUGUAGUCAGUAGUAGAGAUUUGAGUUUAACAAUUUCUACAAAAAAAUUCGAAAUGGAUUCUAGGAAAAGCCAAGUGUCCGAACACCGCGCGAGUGAAAUCUUGAAACAAAAAGAGCUGAUCGAUGCAAAUAUGGCAAGAUUCUACGAGACCAUUGGAAACGUGUCGCGGAAUUUGCGAAAGAGCGACUGGUCCUAUCUGCAUCAGCAUCCGGAGGUGCGGGCCAUAAUUCGAGUCAUUAUCACCGAGGCCAUUAGUCACAACCCCAAAAAUAUCUUCCACUUUGCGGCCGAACUAUUUGAUUGCAAUAACAACCAGUCGCUGGUGGCAAAGAUCAACAAGCAACUUAAAUGGAUCGACGAACAGCUAAUAGGAGCCUCCUAUUCCCCAGUUGAUGGAGAGAUGCUGUUCAGUGAGUCUAGUGACAUUUCCGUAACCGAUAGGAAACCCGAAUGCGCAGAUGGCUUUAAGCGUGUGGAUCCCGUUAAUGUGGACAACGCGGAAAAGACUUGUGUUGAGCCCAAAGUAACCAUAUGCCCAGAGAAUCUCAAGCCCAGCUGUUUAUAAGUAGUUGCAAUUGAGUAUCAACACAAAUUUGUAAGUUGAAAAUUUGCAAAUCGUUUAUAAGAGGCUCAGAAAGUUGUUUCUCCAUUUUUUGGCUCGAAAUAAAAUUUAAUGAUCUUAAUGAUUUCAAAACCAAGAGAA